GAAAGGAGGAGUGGGAGGGGCUGAUCAUGACAGAGAGAAGAGGAGGAGAAAGCUCACAGAAACCAAAGAUGACAGCGUGAAGCGAAAAUGGAUUCAAACAAGCCCAGCCUUCCCUCAAAGGUGCUGCAAGUAAACAGCCGAGAGGGAAAUGAGUCACCGUUGGAAGAAAUGGAGCAGAGGCAAGACAGUGUUCAUGGGGAGAGGCAGAGAGAAACAGAAACCAGAGAGUCGGAUGUUGUCGAUGGCAUGACUACAGCUGCAGAGACAAACAGUCACCACAGGGGGUCAGCAGAAAAACUCAAGUUCAGCACAAUCGGCCAUCAGAGACGGACGAAGCAGAAGGUUGUGACCGACUUUUCAACACUGAGUAAAGGAGGCGCUUCGGGAGCAAAACCCAGAGCGGCACUAAAACAGGUCCUGUUCAGUCAGGGAGUGUCUGACAAGACGUCUGAGGAGCGAGGUCAGCUGGACGCUUUGAGGCAGGAGCUUGACUCGUUUGCUGUGCCAGACAGUCUGAAAUGGAGGUGGAAGGAGGAAAGUCAGGGAACCACACUGGAGAGCAGCUGGACAGUUUUAGUUCAGUCUCAUUCAACAAUGCCCAAGAUGCAGAAACACCAACAGGAGGCGCUGUGGGAGUUUGUCCACACUGAGCUCAGCUAUAUCAACAAGCUGAAGAUCAUCCAAGACUUGGUUAUUGCUGCUCUCAUUAAGCUGCAUGAGCAAGGACUUCUCCAGGAGGUGACCCCCAAACUGCUUUUCUCCAACCUCCCCUCCAUCCUCCAUGCACACCAGCUCUUCUGGCAGGAGGUGGUUUUUCCAAUGUUGCAGGAAGUCCGACAUUCAGGGAAACCCUUUGACCCUAUGAGGCUAGAAGCUGGAUGCCUGCAGUUCCACGAGCGAUUUUCUGUCUACCAUGAUUAUUGUUGGGAAGAGGAAGACAAUCUUGAGUUUGCGCGCAAGCAAAUGGAGCUAAACCCGCAUUUCCACACAUUCAUCCAGUGGGUGGAGGCUCACCCUCAGUGUGAGCGGAUGAGGCUUGGAGACAUGCAAGCCAAACCUCAUCAGAGGAUUACAAAGUACCCCCUGCUGCUAAAGGCCAUCCUCACAAACACCCAGGAGCCCCACGUGGAGCAGACACUCAGAGGGAUGUUAUCCAGUGUCAAUGGAUUUCUAGGGAGUAUCAACGACUACAUGCAGUUCAGGGACGACGAACUCGCCCUCUCUAUCUCAGCUCAGAGAGUGGAGGGGUACGAAGUGGAGGGAAUAAAUGAAGAAAUCGACAAGCACGUCCGAGACAUCUGCCAGUUUAAUCUAACAUGCCCCAUCAAAGGAGUGGGUCCGGAAGUCCUCCGUAAGCUGCUGCUGGAAGAGAACUUGAAGGUUCGGGGCAGGAAGGACAAUAAGCUAGAGCUGGUAGCUCUGCUCUUCUCAGAUGUGCUACUUUUGGCUAAAGUCCAGAAGAAAGGGGAGCGACUGAAGGUGUUUCGACCUCCUGUGGCGCUUGACAGAACACAGUGCAUUCCACUUAAAGAUGGCUAUUCAUUUCUUCUGGUGGAAAUAGGAGAGCUUCAGAGUCCUGUGAAUGUCUUGAUACUUGUACCCAGCACCUCAGAUCGUUGCAGCACAUGGGUCUCGACAAUCCAUGAGGCACAGAAAACACUGAAGGAACUAAGAGAACAAGAAACCACCAGACUCGAGAAUUUACGGAUGCGUGAGCCUGUCACACAACCCAAAGUAGACGACAUGGAGAUGGAAGAGCAACCUCUCAUGCAAGGAAAGGCCUUUCAUGAUGAAUUAAGUGAAGUAUUAUCAACCUCUCGUGGAAUAAAUGGUCCUGAGGUGGAAAACAAUGGAUUGCCUUUUGGGAACUCUCACAACCGCAGCAGUGACCAUAAAUUAUUGAAAAGGAGCACUAACGGUCACCUGCCAGAAUACAAAGGACCUGAAUGGUCAGAAACGAGAUCUCAAGAAGGAGAUGAAAAUGGGAACCAGUGGCAAGAGGAGGAAAAAAGUGUGAUGUUGAACCACAGGGUGCAAUCUUUUCCUGAGGAUCAGGAUAAUUUCAUUCAUCACAAGGCCACAGAUCCAGUGAGACAUAACAGAACAAAACCCAAUUAUUUUUUAUUAGAAGGACUACCAGAUGUAGAUUAUCCUACAGAUGAAGAGAGCACUUUACAACUUCAUAACCAGUCGCAAAUGACCAAGGAGGGCUUUUUAAAACCACUGGCAGAAAGAGAACUGUUAAUAAGGAGAGAUUCAGAUUUGCAGCAGGACAUCAGAAGAGGCUCCUGGUCCAGUCAGUCUUUAGACACGGAGUCACCAGUUUUUACCUUCUCCAAAGACCUAAAGUCACCCAAGCUACGGAGGAGGAGACCAGUCAGCACAAAUGUGGGUUCUGCUACUCCAAAGUCUGAGCAGUCAUUUCAGAACUCAAGAAAGAUUCCAUCAGUUUCCAACAGCUCCUCUAAUUCAGACUCAGACUGCAACCUACCCUUCAAGAGGAACUCUCUUCCUGCUGCCUUUGGCUCAGAUUCACACAGAUCGCUCAAACUUGGCUCUGUAAGGCAGAGACGGGACAUCUUUCAGAACAUGCAUCAUGCUGCCUCAGUCAAUUCCCAAAUCCUCCCUGAGUCAGAUCUGCAAGAAAUGAGCUUCCAGAACAAAAAGCCCAAAUUAAAAGCUCUUAGGAGUUCCUCAAUUCCCAACAUCAUUAUUGAAGGCAGCAACGGGAAACAUGUGCAGUCCAGUUACUUGCAAGCAUCACCUCAGGCUGUGGACACGUCCGGCUCAGGACACGAUGGUGAGAUAGAAGACAAGCCCUCCAACUCCCCACUGGAGGGGUUUUUGGAAAAAGCCAAAGAGAGGGAGAGGGUAAAAGGGGGAGUAAAGAGGGACAAAAAAUUAAAAAUCACUAACGUGAGGUCAAAGCAUCUUCCUCCCCCAACGUCGUUUCCCCCCACACCUUCACCCACGGGUGGGGACGGGGGCACAGAGUGGGAGGAUGUGGCACUGAUAAGGCACAGGGGCCUCUCAGUGAGUAAAGGAUGGAAGGAGCAGCUGGUGGACGGGGAUGAGUAUGAUAAGAUGAGCAGUCCCGUUUUUGUAGACGGCGUCAAUGUGGACUGGCCAGGCUGGUGUGUUGAUGAUGAUGAAGUUAUGGACCGUUUGACUCCCGGAGACGAAGGACUCAUGGAGGGAAUCAGCAGAUCUUUGGCUGACUUUGGUUUCAACUACUUUUCAGAGCAAGAGGACGGGGAGUGUAGCCAGGUGUAG